AUGGGGCCGCUCCACUGGCUGCCCCUGUUCACUCAGCUGGUGGCGUGGCGGCUGUCGGGGGCCCAGCAUGCGGACCCCAUCCGGGUCUUCGUGGUGCCCCACAGCCACAUGGACGUGGGCUGGCUCUACACGGUCGAGGAGAACAUGCGGGCCUACGCGGCCAGCACGCACACCACCGUGGCGCAGGCGCUGACCCGCGGGAAGCACCGGCGCUUCGUCCUGGCGGAGCAGGAGUACUUCCGGCUGUGGUGGGCCCGCGUCGCCUCGGAGACGCAGAAGCAGCAGGUUCGCCAGCUUCUGGCCGAAGGACGCCUGGAGUUUGUCAGCGGCGGCCAGGUCAUGCACGAUGAGGCUGUGACCCACUUCGAUGACCAGAUUCUACAGCUCACAGAGGGACACGGCUUUCUCUACGAAACGUUUGGGGUCCGGCCGCAGUUCUCCUGGCAGGUGGACCCGUUCGGCGCAUCCGCCACGACGCCCACCCUGUUCGCCCUGGCGGGGUUCAACGCCCACGUCAUCGGCCGGAUCGACUACGACCUGAAGGAGGCCAUGCAGGAGGCGCGGGGGCUGCAGUUCGUGUGGCGGGGGUCCCGGUCCCUGGCGGCGCAGCAGGAAAUCUUCACGCACGUCAUGGACCAGUUCGGCUACUGCUCGUGAGCGCUGUCCCCGCCGGCUCACGUGCCCACCCAGGCGCAGAUAGGGUUUUCCUGGGAAGGUCAGGCCCGGUUCCCGGAGCCGCCCAGGGACGGGCUGUUCUCGGACAUGGACGAGCCCGUCACGGCGCACACCGUCAGGAAGUACACGGAGACCCUGGUGCAGGAGGCGAAGCUGCGGGCCGCCUGGUUCCGGACCCCGCACGUCCUCUGGCCCUGGGGAUGCGACAGGCAGUUUUUCAACGCCACGCUGCAGUUCGCCAACAUGGACCUCCUGCUGCGCCACAUCAACAAACACAGCUCCAGGCUCGGAGUCGCGGCGGAGUACGCCACCCUGGGGGACUACUUCCGCGCGGUGCACGCUCACAACGUCACCUGGCAGGUCCGCCACCACCAGGACUUCCUGCCCUACUCCUCAGAUUCUCUGAAGGCCUGGACUGGCUUCUACACGUCCCGCAGCCAGCUGAAGGGGCUGGCGAGGCGGGCCAGCGCCCUGCUGCACGCCGGGGAGUCCAUGUUCACGCGCCACAUGUGGCCGGCCCCCCGCCGGGCCCUGGACCCCACCUGGGCCCUGAAGCAGCUCCAGCAGCUCCGCUGGGCCGUGUCCGAGGUCCAGCACCACGAUGCCGUCACCGGGACUGAGGCCAUCAAGGUGAGCAACAUGUUCGCGGAGCACCUGCGUGCGGGGAUUCGGGGCGUGCUGCAGCUGAUGUCCUCCAUCGCCCUGGACGGGACGCAAGCCCACGUGGGUAAGCGAGGCCCUGCAGGGCGGGGCCCGGCGACCAAGGCCCGCUCCGUGGUGGUCUACAAUCCCCUGGCCUGGACGGUCACCACCAUCAUCAGCCUGACCGUGGGCUUCUCCAGGGUCAGUGUCACGGAUGAGUCGGGCCGCUCCGUGCCCGCACAGGUCCAGAGAAUGAAGGAGGCGCCCCAUAAAUACCACCUGCACGUGCUGGCCACGGUCCCGGGCCUCAGUUACCGGCACUACAGCGUCAGGCCCGCCGAGGAGGCCCGGGAGGGCGAUGGGGCCGCCAGCGCCGCCCAGGCUUUCACCUCCACGUUUGAGCGCAGGCCCAGGAGGCGCACCAGGCCCCGGGGCAGGCGCCUGGUGCCCGUGCACAACGGGUGCUACACCGUCUUCCUCGACCGGGACACCAACCUGAUGCACAGCGUCUGGGAGAGGCAGAGCAACCGGACGGUGCGCGUGACCCAGGAGUUCCUGGAGUACCACGUCAACGGCGACACGAACCUGGGCCCCGUGUCCGAUAACUACGUGUUCGCGCCUGGGCAGCCCGCAAGCCCCGCGUGGAAAGCGGUGGGGAUGGAGGUCGUAGAUGGGACUCUCGUGACCGAGAUCCGGCAGUACUUUUACAGGACGGCGAAUGCCAAGAGUCCCACGUACACCAUCUACUCCCGCCUGGCCCACGUGCCGCGUGGCUACGACGGGGACCUGCUGUGCCAGCGCAUCGAGCAGGAGCUCCGGGUGGGCCCCCUGGAGCUGAACCGCGAGGCCGUGCUGCGGACCAGCACCGACCUGCCCACCCAGCAGGUCCUCUACUCGGACAGCAACGGCUACCAGACGCAGCGCAGGCCCUACCGGCGCUACGCCAACAACACCAUCUCCCGGAACUACUACCCCAUGGUGCAGUCGGCCCACAUCGAGGACGGCAGGAGCAGGCUGGUGCUGCUGUCGGAGCAGGCGCACGGCGUCUCCAGCCCGGGGAAGGGACAGGUGGAGGUCAUGCUCCACCGCCGGCUGCAGAACAACCUGGAGCUGUCCCUGGACUACAAAGUCACCCUGAACGACAACUCGGUCGCCCGCCCGGUGCUCUGGCUCCUGCUGGGACCCCGGCCAGUGACCGCCGGCCUGCAGCAGAGGAGCGCGCUGGCCCUGCAGCACCGGCCAGUGGUGCUGCUCGGGAGGCUGACCGAGACUGGCCACAAUCGCUCAGCCCCCCAUCAGCAGGAGGCCGUGACGCUGCCCCCCAGCCUUCACCUGCAGACCCUGAGCAUCCCCGGCUGGAACUACAGCUCCAACCACACGGAGCACCUGCAGAGCCUCCAGACAGGCCGUCAAGGGCAGCCCGAGGCCGACCUCCGCCGCGUCCUGCUGCGGCUGCACCACCUGUACGAGGCGGGUGAGCACCAUGCCCUGUCUCAGCCGGUGACCGUGGACCUGAAGUCCGUGCUGCGGGGGCUGGGCCCCGUGCUGGCCGUGGAGGAGCGCUCGCUCACGGGGACCUGGGACGUGAGCGCGCUGCAGCGCUGGAGAUGGCAGACGGAGGACGGAGGCGGCUCCAGGCCCCCGCCCCAGGAGGGCCCCACUGUCACCAUCCACCCGAAGGAAAUCCGGACCUUCUUCGUUCACUUCGGGACGCAGUGAGCCCGCAGCGGACUCUGGGCGCACGGCUGCCUGGGGCCCCCGGGUGAAGGGGCCGGACCCAGGCCGGGAGAGC